ACGAAGAAGAAGGAGAAGAAGGGCAGAGCAGAGCAGAGAAGGAAAAUCGAAGGGAACAAUAACAAUUAAUCGAAAAUCGAAUGCGAAUGCAAGUGCAGUUAGAAAGUUAGAGGCUGUUCUAACUGUUAACUGUAAAUACCCGCUAACUUUGCGAUGGCCCCGCGAAAAUUGUUCAAUUGAAUUGGCCGUGUGUGAAAAACAAAAGCCGUACGGCUGCUCCUCCUUCUGCUUUCUGCUUUUACCACCCACCUACUGCGCCUACUGCCAGACUGCCCAACAAACCCAGCAGAGAUGGAGGAAUCCUCAUCCUCGCCCGCUGUUGCGUCACGUGGCCGCGGACGCGGAAGGCCGCCGAAACAAGUCGCUCCCAGUCAGCCCGAGCCGCCCACUGCCACUGCCACGCCCCCGCCCCCGGAUGCUGGCGAGGAUCAGUGCCGUCGCAGUUCGCGCAAGAAGAUCAUCAAGUUCGAUGUGCGGGAUUUGCUCAACAAGAACCGAAAGGCGCACAAAAUUCAGAUCGAAGCCCGCAUCGACUCGAAUCCCGGAUGCAGCUCCUCCUCCUCCGCCUCCGCGAGCCGUCUGUUCUCCAUGUUCGAUAGUAACCAGCAGGCAACCAGCAAGCUACCGCCACCUCCCACUCCUCCUCCUCCCAUCGCCUUGGAGAUCUUCGCCAAGCCGCGGGCCACCCAAAGUCUGAUUGUGGCCCAGGUGAGCAGCAGCGAACCCAGCGCCCGGAAGCGGGGACGUCCCAGGAAGAGCCAGCCCACCGUCGUAUCAUCCGAUUCGGACACCAAUUCCACGGGCACGGGCACGAGCUCCACGAGCACCAGUGGCCAGGAUGGCCAGGAUGGCCAGGAGGAGGUCAACCGGAAGCCCAAGUCCAAGCUGCGCGUCUCGCUGAAGCGCCUGAAUCUCUCCCGCCGCCAGGAGUCGUCCGAUUCCGGCUCUGGAUCGGGAUCGGGUUCCACCUUCUCCUCGCCGGAGGUGGAAGUGGAGGUGGAGGUGGAGCCGCCGGCACUGCAGGAUGACAACGCUAUGGACGAGCAGCCGGAGCCGGAGCAGCAGCAGGAGCAGCAGAUGGUGAUGAACGAGGAGGAGGGUAACUCCGAUUCCGAUUCGCAGAUCAUAUUCAUUGAAAUCGAAACGGAGAGUCCCAAAAGGCAGGAGGAGCAGGAGGAGCAGGAACCGAAUCUCGACGAGAUCAUGGUGGAGGUGCUCAGUGGGCCGCCCAGCCUGUGGUCGGAGGAGGAUCAGGAGGAGGAGGAACCCACCGCAUCCUCGCCAGCUCCACGGCGCAGCAGGCGAUCGGCACAGCCGCGCGGCGGCGGCGGCGGCGGGAGCAGCAGCAGCCAGCAGGGCAAGACGCUCGAGGAGACGUUCGCCGAGAUAGCCGCCGAGAGCAGCAAGCAGAUCCUGGCAGCGGAGGAGGAGGUGGUUGAGGAGGAGGAGGAGUCCCAUGUGCUCAUCGAUCUCAUCGAGGACAGUCUCAGUCAGCCGGCGAAUGUCGAGGAGAAGCAGAAUCAGGAGUUUGUCAUUGAAUUUGUUGAGGAAACGGAAAAGGAAACGGAAAAGGAAACGGAGACCCAGCCAGUGGUUUCCGAAUCGGAAUCGCCUGUUCCAGCGAAAGAACUGCCCAACCAGGAGGCACCAAAGCCAGAAGCAGCCGAAGAGAUCCCUGAGAAACUGGAACCACCUACGGAACCAAAAGAUUCGAUAGAAAGUGCGGAGGAGCCGCAGCCCAAUGAUGAAGCGAAUUCUAAUUCGAAUUCGAUUUCAAUGGCAGCUGAUCCAAAGUCGACGAGUAAACGAAUUCCGAUGAACGACGAUAUCGACACCAAGUUGGCCACGAUGCAAGUGUCAGAAUCUGACACCCCAGAAGAAAAACCAGCACUGUCAGCCAGGGAAAAGCCUCCAGAUGAAGCGGAAGGCUUAAAAUCCCCGCCAGAAACUGAAACAGAACAGCAGGAGCAGAAGAAAGCUGAGACAGCUGAGCCAGAGAAAGAAGUUAAAUCCUCACCAGCAGCUGAGGAAAGGGAAUCUAAGCCACUGGAGAAAUCCUCCUCCCCUCCAGAGGCGAUCAUUCUGAAGCAAAAAGACGAGCCAGAAGCAAUAGAAGCCACCAAUUCUUCAUUAGCGAUGGAGGAGCUCGAUAAAGAAACUGCCAAAAGUCCAACAGAAGCCGACACAAUCAAGAAGCCCGUAACCGAUCAUUCCUCCUGCAAGCCGACUAAGGAGACGGCCAAGGAGAAGGGAUUCUCGCCCGGCUUCGUUGAGUGCGAUGCCAUGUUCAAGGCCAUGGACAAGGCGAAUGCCCAGCUGCGUCUCGAGGAGAAGAGCAAGAAGAGGCAGAAGAAAGUGCCCGCUCUUGGCCAAAAGAAGCCGCUGGGAGGCAGAGGAGGAGGCAAGACCACCACAUCACCACCUCAUUCGCCCAAGCUGGAGAGGAACAGCUCGCCGAGCUCCGAUUCCAACCAAGUGAGCAAGCUGAUGAAGCGUUCGAAGGCCAAAAAGAAGCUCAAUCCGCGACGCAGCACCAUUUGUGAGGAGGCCAAGGAGAGGCUGGCCGCCAGUUCGCCCGUUUCCUCCUCGAAUUCAUCGGAUUCCUCCGCGAAGCGAAGGAAUCUUCCCGAGCAGCCAGCAGCCAAGUUGGAUCUGCGCCGCAACACCAUCUGCGAGGAUCACCGGAGCACUCCGGUGCCGCUGACCAAGCGCCGCUUCUCCAUGCAUCCCAAGGCCUCCGCGAAUCCCCUGCACGACACCCUCCUGCGAUCGGCGACUUCAUCUGCAUCUGCAGCUGCAUCUGCCGCCGGCAAGAAGCGUGGUCGAAAGCUGGGUUCGAGUCGCCAGAACUCGCUGGACUCCAGUUGCAGUGCCUCGAAGAAGGAUGCCCUCUUGGAAACGGAGUCCUCCGAGUCCACAGCCGAGCUGGAGGCAACCAAUCCGCUCAGCGACAUAGCCAAGUUUAUCGAAGACGGCGUUAAUCUUCUCAAGCGCGACUACAAAGUGGAGGAGGAGGAGGAGGAGCAGCAGCAGCAGGAGGACGAGUUUGCGCAACGAGUGGCCAAUAUGGAGACGCCGGCCACCACACCCUCGCCCUCGCCCACGCAAUCCAAUCCAGAGGAUCCCGGCAAUCCCGGCAAGCUGCUGCUUCAGGAAAAUAAUAGUAGCAGCGGCGGAGUGCGUCGCUCGCAUCGCAUCAAGCAGAAGCCCCAGGGGCAGCGGGCCAGCCAGGGAAGAGGGGUGGCCAGCGCCGGGCUGGCACCGAUCAGCAUGGACGAGCAGCUGGCCGAGUUGGCCAGCAUCGAGGCGAUAAACGAGCAGUUCCUCCGCAGCGAGGGACUCAACACGUUUCAGCCGCUAAGGGAGAACUACUACCGAUGCGCCAGGCAGGUCAGCCAGGAAAACGCCGAGAUGCAGUGCGACUGCUUCCUCACCGGCGACGAGGAGGCCCAGGGCCAUCUGAGCUGCGGCGCCGGCUGCAUCAAUCGCAUGCUGAUGAUCGAGUGCGGCCCGCUGUGCACCAACGGCCAGCGCUGCACGAACAAGCGCUUCCAGCAGCACCAGUGCUGGCCCUGCCGCGUCUUUCGCACCGAGAAGAAGGGCUGCGGCAUCACCGCGGAGCUGCAAAUGCCGCCCGGCGAGUUCAUCAUGGAGUACGUCGGCGAGGUGAUCGACAGCGAGGAGUUCGAGCGGCGGCAGCACCUCUAUUCGAAGGACCGCAAGCGGCACUACUACUUCAUGGCGCUGCGCGGCGAGGCGAUCAUCGAUGCCACCUCCAAGGGGAAUAUAUCGCGGUACAUCAACCACAGCUGCGAUCCGAAUGCCGAGACCCAGAAGUGGACGGUCAACGGCGAGCUGCGCAUCGGCUUCUUCAGCGUGAAGCCCAUUCAGCCGGGCGAGGAGAUCACCUUCGACUAUCAGUAUCAGCGGUACGGACGCGAUGCGCAGCGCUGCUACUGCGAGGCGGCCAACUGCAGGGGCUGGAUUGGCGGCGAGCCGGACUCCGAUGAGGGUGAGCAGCUGGACGUGAGCAGCGACAGCGAGGCGGAGGCGGAGGCCGAGGAGGUGGAGGUGGAGGACCUCGAUGCGGAUGCGGAGCCCGAGAAGACGUCGAAGGGGAAGACGGGCAGGUCUAGCAAAAUCAAGGUGAAGCUGCCGCUCUCGCAGGCUGCCAGUCGCAAGCGGAAGCCCAAGCCCAAGGAUCGGGAAUACAAGGCCGGCCGCUGGCUGAAGCCGACGAGGGAGAAGGCGACGCGGAAGCCGAAGGUCAGCAAGUUCCAUGCCAUGCUCGAGGAUCCCGAUGUGCUCGAGGAGCUGUCGCUGCUCAGCCGCAGCGGUCUGAAGAACCAGCUGGACACGCUGCGCUUCUCGCGCUGCCUGGUCCGCGCCAAGCUGCUACCAACGCGCCUCCAGCUGCUCGGAGUUCUAACGCGCGGCGAGCUGCCCUGCCGCCGGCUCUUCCUCGACUACCACGGCCUGCGGCUGCUGCACGCCUGGAUCAGCGAGAGCGGCAGCGAUGGCCAGCUGCGAAUGGCCCUGCUCGACACCCUCGAGUCGCUGCCCAUUCCGAAUCGCACCAUGCUGAACGACAGCCGCGUCUACCAGAGCGUCCAGCUGUGGAGCAACAGCUUGGCGGAGGCGUCGGAGGCGUCGGAGGAGCAGCACAAACGGAUGGUGGCCCUGCUGGAGAAGUGGCAAGCGCUGCCCGAGAUCUUUCGCAUACCCAAGCGCGAGCGCAUCGAGCAGAUGAAGGAGCACGAGCGGGAGGCCGACCGCCAGCAGAAGCACGUCCAUGCGAGCACCGCUCUGGAGGAUCAGCGCGAGCGGAUUGGCGAGAGCAGCAGCAACGAUCGCUUCCGGCAGGAUCGCUUUCGCCGGGACACGAACAGCAGUCGCAUGACUGGCAGCAAGCCGACAAGGAUGAGCGGCAACAAUACGAUAUGCACGAUCACCACGCAGCCGAAGGGCAGCAAUGGAUCCUCGGACGGCAUGGCCAGGAACGAUAAUCGCCGACGGGCGGAGAUGGGUAAUCCCGCCGCGGAGCCACGACGCACGCUGUCCAAGGAGCUCAGGCGCAGUCUGUUCGAGCGGAAGGUUGCCCUCGAUGAGGCCGAGAAACGGGUUUGCAGCGAGGACUGGCGGGAGCACGAGCUGCGCUGCGAGAUCUUUGGCGCCGAUCUCAACACGGAUCCCAAGCAGCUGCCCUUCUAUCAGAACGCGGACACGGGCGAAUGGUUCAACAGCGAGGACAUGCCAGUGCCAGCGCCGCAGCGCACAGAGCUCCUCUCGCAGGCGCUGCUCUCGCCCGAAACGCCGGACAACGGCGGCAGCGGACAGGCAGCUCCGCCGGCCGUCGAGUACAAGCUGCCGGCCGGCGUGGAUCCCCUGCCGCCCGCCUGGCACUGGCGGAUGACCAGCGACGGCGACAUCUACUACUACAAUCUGCGCGAACGCAUCUCGCAAUGGGAGCCGCCCAGUCCCGAGCAGCGCCUCCAGACUUUGGUCGAGGAGGAUGCGACGCAGCAGCAGCAGCAGCCGCUUCACGAGCUCCAGAUCGAUCCCGCGCUCCUGGCCACCGAGCUCAUCCAGGUGGACCUCGAUUACGUGGGCUCGCUCAGCUCCAAGUCCCUGGCCCAGUUUGUCGAGGCCAAGGUGCGGGAGCGGCGCGAGCUGCGACGCAGUCGCUUGGUCUCCGUCCGUGUGAUUAGUCCGCGACGAGACGAGGAUCGCCUGUACAAUCAGCUGGAGUCGCGAAAGUACAAGGAGAACAAGGAGAAGAUCCGCCGUCGCAAGGAGUUCUUCCGUCGCCGCAAGAUCGACGCUGCUUCUGCUCAGCCGAAUUCCUCGACGAAUCCAGACGAUGCUGCCGCCGAUAGCAGCAAUUCACUGCCCAUUCAGGCCUACCUGUACUCAUCCGACGAGGAUGCUCCCGCGGAUGCUGCUCCAGCUGGAGCUGCGGAGCCGCCCCUCGCCGAUGGGCAGACUGCGGCCCAGGCGGAGGAGCUGGAUUCACUUAACUUGGCGCCGAGCACCAGUCAUGCGGCUCUGGCCGCUCUCGGCAAGACCACAGUCGUCGGCAGUCAGGCGGCGGCACAAUCAGCCGGAGCAAGUGGCAAGCGCAAGCUGCCAAUGCCACCGAAUGCGGCGGCGGCGGUGAAGAAGCAUCGCCAGGAGCACCGCAGCAAGAAGAGCAAAAGCUCGCACAGCCUUUUGACGACCACCAGCGGACGCGAGGCCCACGAGAAGUUCCGCUUCGAAAUAAGCGGGCAUGUCGCCGACUUUCUGCGACCCUAUCGCAAGGACAGCUGCCAACUGGGUCGGAUCACCAGCGACGAGGACUACAAGUUCUUAAUUAAGAGGCUCAGCCAUCAUAUUACCACCAAGGAAGUGCGCUAUUGCGACGUCACCGGCAAUCCCUUGUCCUGCACGGAGUCGGUCAAGCACAAGUCCUACGACUUCAUCAACCAGUACAUGCGAAAGAAGGGCCGCGUCUAUCGGAAACCAGCGGAAAGCACUAUAUUCUAGCACACCCAAUUCAACGGCGGGAGGACAUGUCCUUCUUUUUCUUCUUCACUUAAUACCCAACCAAAUUGCGCAUGAACUAAGAACUAAAAACGUAUAAUAACUAUAACUAUAACUAGAAUUUUAUUUUAAGUGCAAACCUUAGAUAAGAACAAACCCCUUAGUAUGCGAUCUACCCUCGAAGCGGGUAGCGUCUUAAGUGAAAACCACUAGAACAUUAUGAAUCUUAAAGAGAGAGUUAGAGAAUUAUUAAAUACACGGAAAAUAAAUGGAAAAUCACACAUA